GUCACCAUGAGUUUGCCAACUACAGAAGACCUUUGCACCAUUCCGGCAGGGGUGUCGCCUGACGGACAGUACAACUUCGAAAACCCCACAACACUGGGUCCGGCAGUCAUUUCCCUCGGCGUGAUUUUAUGUACAAUCUCUGUCAUAUUGACAGUCGGGCGGGUGUAUACGAAUCGAAGAAGGCUGCUCUCCGCCGAUUAUUUCACGGUCGCUGCACUUGUUUUCAAUAUUGGUUUUACGGCUAUUCUCCUUUCCAGUGCGUACUUCGGCCCCAUGCGGACCAUUUUCCUUCAACCAUCUAUGUAUCGGCACCAAUGGGACAUACCACUCUGCUGGUUCACACCAUCAUAUUUCAAGAGACUCUACGUCCAAGAGACCUUUUUUGCUCCCGUCUACUUCACCUCCAAGACUGCUAUCUUCUUGCUGUACCGACAGCUCUUUGCUGUCAAGAAGUGGAUGAGAUAUGCCAUCAUCGGUGGUAUCAUUUUCACCUUUCUCUUGUAUUUUCCUAACAUCCCCUUGGCUGCUAUCUACUCGGCACCUCGCGUGGGCGAGCCAUGGUCGUCCAUCCUCACGUCGAACGGGCCAUUCAAGAUGAUCACCUACUCCAUCGUCAUGGCCUCUGGCAGUACACUUCUCGACAUCUACAUUUUUCUUCUUCCUCUUCCCAUUGUUGCCCGACUCCACAUGCCGCUCGGACGACGGUUGCAACUCAUUGGUGUCUUUGGUACGGCUCUUAUGGGUGUGACCGCAAGCGCACUGUCGCUUGUCUACCGCGUCCAGCUUCUUGACGCAACUGACACAUUAUGGCCGCAAUCUAUCGUGUCUAUUUGCGCACUGGUCGAGUCCAAUGUGGCCAUCAUUGUCGGCUGUAUGCCAGGGUUCGCCCAGCUAUUGAAGCUGCAUGCCGGCGGGUCAAAUUUCUUCAAGUCGCUGCGGUCCCGUGUUCGAGACAUGGUGGGCGACAGCAGCAACAAUUCUUCC